CACACGUCAAAGGGGUUAUGGAAUCACGAUAUGGAUUAAUGUAUACCCGAAAAAUUUUAUCACCAAAGAACGGAAUGAUGGAGUAUUCUCGACUAUGUCCUUUCGAAGAUACACGCUGAUUAUCUUGUAUAUAAUACACUUUUGCAGAAGUAAUAGCAUCGAUGUUCCACGUAAAAAGUUCUUUAUCACAAUGUGAUUGCAUGUCGAAAUGCUGUGUGGCGUAUUGACUGUUACCUUGGAACAUUUGGGAUCUGUUUCUGUCGUCUACAGUAGGCGAUUUCUAUUAAGGACUCUGUUGAAAGGGAUAGCUCGCUCUUGAGAGAGUUAUUUUUUUGACAAAUGGAUCGCCAUUCUAGCCUUAUUUCUAUUUGGCUGCAGUUGGAACUUUGUGCGAUGGCUGUCCUGUUCACGAAAGGAGAAAUACGGUGUUACUGUGACGCACCUCACUGCGUAGCUACCGGUUACAUGUGUAAAUCGGAGCUCAACGCUUGCUUCACACGGGUCCUAGACCCUCAUAGCACGAAGUCCCUGCUUUCGCACGGCUGUUACGACCCAUUCCUUAAUUCGGCCAAUGCGUGCCGUCCCGAAACCAGCUACGACACCCUCCGCGGCUCUUCCGUGCUACAGUGUUGCCAUGAGGAUAUGUGCAAUUACAGAGGCAUUCCGGAUCCCACGUAUAGAGGAGAUAGCCUUGAGCACAGGAGCAGACUCCAGACAGAAGGCAGCGGGAGACACCUGGUUGCCCGGGUGCAAGAACUUUCACCCUCGACGCGGGAGGUGUGGUUCCGAGCAGCGGUGAUUGCGGUUCCCAUCGCCGGGGGGCUCAUCCUGGUCUUACUCAUCAUGCUGGCUCUGCGUAUGCUCCGUAGCGAGAACCGCAGGCUGCGCCAACAGAGGAGGGAAAUGCUCUGCCGCCUGCAGUAUGGCUUUCACGGCCAGCCCCACCUGGCCAAACUGGACCUGGAAUGCAUGGUACCAGUGGGGACCCACCAAGAGAACUGUUGCCUGACCUGCGACAAAGUCCGGCAGUCGGACCCGGUGGGCGCGGAGCAGAGACUCCUCUCUCUGAUGCAGUGGGGCAGGUAUCACGGAGGAGGCCCAGGAAAGUUGGAGUUUGUUUGACAACGACGCCAUCUCGUCCUCUCUUACUACCCCAUACUCAGACAGGAGACUCAUUUAACUAAGGCUGGGCUUGUUUUGCUCUUCUUAGGGGGGAGUCUGCAAAAAAAAAAAAAAGGAAAAGAAAAAAAAAGCACUAACUAUCAGGUUGCUGCUGUAGGAGCACUUUACUUGAAUGAAAAAAAGCUGACAGAGGACAGUGGAAAAGACUGUGGAAGGGCUGACAAAGAGGUGGUGUGUUCUGGUACUGUCUAAUUGCUGAAGGAUUCCAAAAAAAAUUCUUUGCAUAAAAUUUGCACUUUUUGUAUAAAAUAAAAUGUUGGUUGAUUUUGCUUUAACGGAUGAAUAGUCUGGAGGGGGUGUUAUGCUGACUGGAUGGGGGAAGACGUCCCUGUUAAAAAAAAACCUGAAGAUAUUAACACACUUAUGCUGUCUCUCUCCAGAUUCAUUGUAAAGAUGUCUUGAUAUGUAUAUUUUAUUUCUGAUAUUGAAUCUGUGUCGCGAAGUGCUUUCUAUUGUUGAAACAUGGACUUUUUAAAUUCUGCAAAAUGAGCAUAAAAUAUUGACCAGUU